CAUUGUUCCUACGUUAAGCUAAAGCGGUAUUUAUAAUCCCAGAACGUGAGGAUACAUAGUUUCAUUCUGAAGUGAAUAAUAAUCAACAAGACACGUAAACAAAAGUAAAUUUAGAAUAAAUAAUUAUUACUUAAAUACAAGGUUGUGCCAGCACAAAAUCGACGAUAAAAUGGGUCCUGUAAGGAUUUUCAUCUUUAUCUUCAUCGCAGCAUCCUUCCUGGUAUCAGCGGUAAUGUCCUACGGUAAUUGUCCUCCAAAGAACAAAGUGAUGAACUCCAAACCAGUGUGCCACUCGGACGCGGACUGCACGAAGUGGGGUCAGAUAUGUUGCCCCAACCAGUUUAACACCAAGUCCUGCACACCUAGGGCGCCCUGGAGCCACGACUCCUCUGCUAAACCCCGCCAGCUAAUUCGUAUGUAAGGCUCCUGCUUGCUGCCUUUUCGGUCAGUGGAGGAUUCUAGUGCAACCUUAACGUGACCAGCCAGGUGGAAUUGAAGACCAAAAUCCUGAAGCACUCUCAAAAAGUUUGAUUAAAAGCCAGAAACUUUAAACCACGAUCGACCAAUUUAUUUAACAUUCUGAAUACAAAAUGUGUGGGAUUAAGAUCGAUUUGUUAAUAAUAAUUUGACCGUAAAUAAAGUUAGAUAUAUCUAUAUCAUAGUAUCAGUAAUUUUUACUUUAACCAUAUCUUGGUUUUAUAUUCGCUUACUGUAAGUACUACCCGCAAGGUGGACAGACGACCUGAUUAAGGUCUCAGGAAGCGGCUGGAUGCAGGUCGCUUCCAACCGGCCUAUCUGGAAGUCAAUGGGGGAGGCCUGUGUUCAGCAGU